UCAGUGUUGAGUUCCCAGUAUCAAGAUGCGGUUCUGGGAGGUGGUUGUGUUGAUGGUGAUGGCGUCUGUGAGUCUGGUGGCACCACAGGCGGAGAUGCAAGACCAAGUAUCCCAAGAGGCGGCACUGCAGGAGGAUGACAAAGGAACCCUUGCCUUGGAUGACAGGAAUCGCUUCUUCGGUACAUUCCAGACUAGCACCCGCAGUUUGGUAUCCCUUAUUACUUCUACUGUCUUCUUCAGUUGUCUCUCAGGUACCGCUACCGCCAGUGUCUGCACCGGGCGUCGCCGACGGCGUGCGUUAUCUAUGGACAAACCGAAGUCGCUCAUCGUGGAUCCAAAUGAAUGGUCGGCACUGACCAGCAGCGGUGAUGGCAGUGAUGUAACGACAGACGCUGCAGACACAGAAGCGAACGAGAAGCUAUUUGGCAUUCAGGUGUGGACCAUAAGUACAACCAGCACCUCUGUCACUGUCUUCUACACUGACAGCCGCACCACCAUCAGGCUUUCCUACUACUGUGUAGCCGCUGGUAUGAGCCUGCCGAUUCGAAGAUGCGGAGGAGCUCGCUAGAGUAAGGUGGCUGCCCUCCUUUCCGUCAGCCAUACCUGCUCUCCUAACUCUUCCAGCAACUUGCCCACCAAACAUCCCCUCAAUCUGAACCUUCACCCGACGAUUUACGUCCGGUGCCUAAAU